GGCGCAACGGGGUAUUUCACCGUGAAUGUUCGCCGUCCUCAGUGAACGGGGUGUGACUCUUGUCCUCCGUCUCCUCUCACAGGGAGCAGAUGAGCUGCAGGAUGCUGCUGCUGCUCUUCAUCUCGCUGCUCUUCAUCCUCCCCUCCUGUGUCUGCGGACCCUUCGUAGUGAACGUGACACAGAGCUCCUAUCAGGCAGAGGAGAACCACAGCGUCACACUGGAAUGGACCUUCACCACCAACACUGAGCGCCCCUCUGACUCCCCGGAUGUCCUCUGUGAACUGUUAGCUGAUAUCAGGCCCUUCAACAUGUUGUAUGUACAAGAUGGAGUCCAGAACCCAAAGUAUCAGGAUGAACACUUUGCAGGACGAGUCCAGUGGGACCAAGACCUCCUCAGAGGAGGACGAGUCAGACUUCAUGUGUCCAGACUCAGGACUUCUGACUCGGGUCGGUACUUAUGUGGCGUGCUCACAAGUUAUGGGAGGAACUCUGAGACGUGUCGGCUCAAUGUCUCUGCAGUGAGAGAUCGACCCGAACCCGAGACAAACGGACCAGAUGGGGGAAGAGAUUCCUCAGGGACAGAAAGUCGCCCACAGCCAGAGAGUCUGGGAUGGAUCGGCCUCUACUGGGAGGAUGUCGACUCUUUUCUGAAGCAGCCGGGCAACGAGACGGCCGACUCGGCUCUGAGGAAGCUGGACGAGCAGUACCAGAAAUAUAAAUACAUGGAGCUCAACCUGUCCCAGAAGAAACUCAGGUAA